GACACCCAAACCCACUAUGAUUGGGAAAAUCGACGACUUUGAUGGGACCCCAGACAAGGCCCAAAGAUGGAUAUCAUCCACUGACUUACACUUUGACGUCAACGACACCAUUUAUACCUCUGACAAGAAAAAGGUGUACGUGGCUCUCAGCUACAUGAAGGACAGAACCACCGCCUCAUGGAGUGAAGCCAAGAUGACCGAAUACAAAGACAAAAACGCCUACCCCACAUGGGCAGAUUUUAUGAAAACAUUCACAGCUAGUUUCAGAACAGCAAAUGUCAAAGGAACGGCUUCGGCCG